AUGCCCUUCCAGAAACGUAUCUACUACCCUCAGUCCAACAGCGUGGAGAGAAAAGAUGCCCUAGAGGGAGGCACAUCAUCCAGGGUCUUCGUCACCACCACUUCGGCAUCUGGACCUCAGCCCUUCUUCCAAUUCCGGCCUCGUUUGGAGAAUGUGGACUGGAGGCGGCUGGGUGCCAUUGAUGUGGACAAAGUGGUAGGAGCCACAGAUAUCGCGACACUUCAGGAGAACAUCGUGAACAUCACUUUCUGCAAGCUGGAGGACGAGAAGUGCCCACAUUGUCAGCUAGGGGUGGACCCAUUGCUGUUGAAGCUCAUCCACCUGGCACAGUUCACCAUUGAAUACCUGCUGCAGUCUCAGGAGUACCUCACCUCGCAGCUGAAGGUGGUGGAGGAACGGUUAAGCCAGAACCUGAGUGGUUGUGAGCAGAACCAACAGCUACUCACCAAGCAGGCUGACGAGGUCAGACGACUCAAACAGGAGUGUAGGGGCUGGAAGAAGAUGCUGUCCGCCCAGCAGCUGAUGUUGGGCCAGGUCGAAGCCAGUCAUUACCACUGCGGUUUUUGUGACAAAGUUUUUAUGAACCAAGCUUUUCUACAGAGCCACAUCCAUCGCCGCCACCCUGCAUCCGCUUGUCAUGGGAGAAGUACAAAGGCACAGAAUGACAAGCUCCAGAGGGAGAUCCACAGGUUGAAGCAGCAGCUGCAGUUCACCAAGGCUCAGCUAGAGGCUGCCCAGCAAGGCCGCACAGUUAGCAUCUCUAACGACAAAACAAACGAGGACUUCCAGAAGUUAGUUGGUAGGUGGGGGGAGGAAGAAAGGCAGAAAUUGACUGAUGAGAUGGAAAAAGCCAAGGAGAUGUUUAUGAAGGAAAUUAACGACCUGGCUUCUAAGAAUUCAGCUUUAGAGUAUCAACUGUUGGAAAUCCAGAAAUCCGAUAUGCAGGGCAAGCUCAGUAUGGGCACCUAGAGAGACUUAGGUUUAAAGACUGACUUUCAUAUCCUGAGCCUUUCUGAAAUCUACUGCACUGCCUUGAGUGCAAGUAAGCCAGUGGCCAGACGGACUUCAACUUCUCCAGGCAGAAUGCAGCACAGAGCAGAUGCAGAUCUUUCUCAGGCAACCGCAGUGGAAGUGAUAAGCGCAACAGCCCUGUCAGGUCCUGCAGACGCUGUUUUGCAACAAUCCUCCACAUCGUCUGUCUCUUAA